AUGCUAUCCCGCACCGUCCGCGUUGCACACCCACGCUUCACCCGCUCGAUCCGUGUCUGGGGGAAGCGUUGGGAGACCGAGGUUCGGGAUGGGAAGAGGAUGGAGAGGAAGAGUGAGUACGUGCCCGGUAGGGGGUGGGUUGUUGAGCGUGCCGAGGUCGGUUUUCCCCCCUUCAUCUCUAUUACCCAUGCACUAUUUGAGCUGGUUGGGUAAGGCUGGAGAUAAGGUUUAACGAGCGCUGUGUAGGAGGAAGAGUACGAUGGUGGUAGCGAGAUCGACUUGAUUACCUUGAAGCGAGUACCCAGGGUACGGGGCGGUUGGGAUCCGGACGUCGAUAGGAAGAAGCGUGAUCACGAGGGGAAGACUGAGUUCUUGGGGGGCUUCCUGCAGGAGUCUUCUCCACCAGCGCCACCGCCUCAGGGUGCUAAGAGUGCUAUCGCUCCACAGAAAACCUCUGACUUGCCCUCAGGGGUCGCGGCCGCCACGCCCACCUACCCAGAUCCUGAGCAGGCCCCUCCUCCACUGCCUCCCCGGCCAACGCCACCCCCGCCACCACCGCCGCGUGACGGGCCCGGGUCGAGUUCGCUGGAAUCGGAUUCCGGCUCCGACUCCGACUCUGACAUGGAUAUACACCUCCCCAGUGAUGUUAAGUCUUCUGCCGGCCAUCCACCGAAGAGCAAGUACGAGAUUGAGCUUGAGAGGGAGCGGAGAAUGAGGAGGGAGGCCAUGAUCCUGGAGUGGGAGAGGCUACGUGAGGAAGAGGAAAAGGAGGAGAGCGCCAUGAAGGAUAUCAGGGCCUAUAGGAUAAUGCGGGAACAGCAGGAGGCCCUGUCUAGAGAGGUUGAAAGGAAAGAGGUCGAGAAAAGAGAGGCUGAAGAGAAAGAGAUGCAGAGGAGAGAAGAGGAAAGAAGAGAGGAACUCCGGCUAGAAGACCAGAGAGCUAUCGAAACCGAGAUGGAGAAGGAGCGUGAGAGGGCUCUCCAAGAAGCCAAUGUGAAAGCCGAGAAGGAAUCGCUAGCCCCCGCUAGAGAAAAUAAGGAGGAGUGGGACUGGUCCGGCACGGAUACCCCCACCGCCGAAGACAUCUACAGGACUCCACAGUACCCUCCGACCCAAAAAUACUUUGUCCUAACACGAAACCCAUCCACCAACGACUUCAACUUUGCGCCCCUUCCCCUUGCCCUGUCCCCCAUCUCUCUUGAACAGACCACGCCGAUAAAAGUGCUCGAGAACAUGCAGUCCCCCGAAAAGUUUAUUUGUUACUGGGGUGUGGUUCAGAGGUUGGGCUUUGAGAUUGUGGCGGGAGAAAGGGAGUGCGUCAUUGUCCGCGCCUCCAUCGAGGAUGCAGAUGAGAAAAUGGAGGGCAUGCUCCGGGAGAUCGAAGGAAUACAGGAGCUCCAGCCUAAGCCUGCCCUCGGAGAUGCAGUGCCACCGAAGGGGUUAGAUGCAAUUGCAGCAGACAUUGCAGGAAAAAUCGGCCUUGGCGGGAAGCCAUCGUCGGUGGUCGAGGAGCCACCAAAGGUAUUCGAAGAGUUUUCGAGUCUUGUCGGCGAGACCAGCAAACCCGCCGAAAAAGAGCCCGAGCCUGUCGAGCAGGAGAUAGCUAAACCGAUUGAGGAAAUUGUCAAAUCACAAGAAGCGUCGCCCGAAGCCCCCGGGUCCACGGCCCCAGAGGAGGAUUUCAAAUUCGAACCGCUGGAGGCCGAACACUCGGAUCAAAUCGCUGGGGGGGCAAAGCACACCGAGGUGGUCAAAGGGGAAAUCGAGCCGGGACAGGCGCACCGCGAAGCCGUCGUCACACCAUCGAUGAAAACGGCAGGCGAAGAGCCCGUAGAGAUAGAAACAAACAACGCCUGGCAGGACAAGUACCGAUUCGCCGAGAAUCCAGAAAAGACCUUUCAGCAACCAGUUGAGGAGACACUAUCCACCGAAGCUCCGAAGAUUGUAAAAGGAGGACCGAAAGCGGAAGCAGCAGGAGAGUGGGAAACCACCGCCGCUGCCGAUCCUUGGGCCUUCACUAAGGAGCAAACCCCCACAACACAAUCCCCCCCGCCGGCAGAAACCGCCCCCCAACCCUUCCUCUCCCCGGCCUCGGAAGUUGCGCGAGAGAGCUGGGAGAAGAAGCGCGGGUCCCCUCCACCCCUAACCCCAGCCGAAGAACUCCUCGCGAAACCAGCGCCGGAAAAGCCCACCCAUCCCGCUCCCGCCGCCGCUAAGGCAGUCAACUCGCAGCAGCAGCAGCAGCAGCAACAACAGGGAAAAUCAAAACAAGGUAAAAAGCCAAAGAGAAAGAUAUUCUGGACAAGCGUUUGGGUGGCCGCGGCUACUGGCGGGACAUCGCUCUUGCUCGAGAACUAUUACUGA